GAGGACCAACUAUCAAACGGAUCAGGAAUAAAACAAGGGCAGAGACUUUGUAUAAUCAUGCUUGUAAUAGUUUGGGUAGAAAUGUAAUUACCACUGCCACCGUUUGUAUAGUGGCUCCGCCACAAAGUACGUCUCUGUAAGCUAUCUUUUGCCAACCAAAAAAAAUAAAUACAUUCACCCAACCCUUCAAAAAAAUAAUGUGAAAAAUAUUUGGCAAACAUAUAUGGCCAAAUGCUAGCUUAAUAUCCAUUAAGCAGCUCAAUUCUUACUAGAAAUCUCUAAACACAAGCAAACAAACAAACAAGAACAAAAAUGGCAGCACAAGGAACAUGCCUUAACCAUGUCUCCCGAGAAUCCUCUGAUAUCAAACGCCUCGCUCAAUUUUACAUUCAGAUAUUUGGGUUUGAGAAAGUUGAAGCACCAAAAUUUGAAUUUGAUGUGAUAUGGUUGAAGCUGCCACCAUCUUUCUAUCUUCAUCUUAUUGAAAGAGACCCGAGUACGAAGCUUCCAGAAGGUCCAUGGAGUGCCACGUCAGCAGUAGCUGACCCGAAGAAUCUGCCCAGAGGUCACCAUGUUUGCUUCUCAGUCUCCAAUUUUGAUGAUUUUGUGAAGAAUCUCAAGGCCGAAGGGGCAUAUAGGAAGCAGAUGUUGAUUAAUUGUUGCCUCAUUGAGGAGAAAGGAAUUGAAGUACACGAGAGGACUCAACCAGAUGGCAAGACCAAGCAAGUCUUCUUCUUUGAUCCAGAUGGAAAUGGUUUGGAGGUAAGCAGUGGGGCUCCCGCCUCCUGAACAGUGAUCAAGCUCUUGGUCUCUACUUGGUAACUGUAGUGUUCAGUGUAUAAUAAACCUCUUUAGGCUUCAGGAAACAUACCUUGUGUAAGUUUGCCUAUAUGGUAUGAAAAUGUUUGUGUUGUUUUA